AAAAAAAGGAAUCAGAAGAAGAAGAAGCUUAGACAAAAACAAGGGUCUUUUACUAUUUACCAUAACUUUACCAAACCAGACACAGAAUCAUAAAAUCAGAUCUGGUGUUCAAAUAUGGCUGACAAGGAAGAACAAGAGACCAUGACCUCGUACAAGCUGUUUUUGAGUGUUAUAAGCAAGAGAAGAACAUGGGCUUGUCUGUUUCUUGUAGUCUACGCGAUCCUUUUGUCUUCUUCAUGGAAUUCGUUGAAUUCGAUAGUGAAUUGGUACGGAGAGAAUCAUCAGACAUCAUCUGGUUUGCCUGCGAUUUACGCGUCGGUGCUUCUUGGUGCGGUGUUCGGAGUUCUGUCUAUGGCGGCGGCGCUGUUCAUAGCUGUGCCGGCGAUCGUGGUGAUUUGGAUAUCGGUGGUGGUGACGAUGGCGUUCGCCGGAAAAUCGAGGAAGAGAGUGGUGAUUGAAGGAAGGAAAGUGACGAAAGAGAUCGCUGGUUUUGUGUUUAGGGUUCUUCUUAAAGAAGGAAACUUUGUGGCUCUUCUUUGUGCUCUUCUUGCUUACUUUGUCUUCUUUAACUCGUACUCUUCAUCUUCUUGAUUCGAUUUUUGCAUUUUUUUCAUUAACGAAAACAUUCACAACUAAUAUAUCGAAAAUCUUUCC